ACAAGCCGGCGACAGUGUAUACAGCUGAUUUCAGCCAAGAUGAAGUACAUCGUUCUAGUCACGCUAUUUGCCUAUGGAUGGGCUGCUGCACAAGGCAGAAUUCUGCCUCGAAUUCCAAUGAAAGACAUUAUGGGCGGUUACAAGAUCACAUCGUCCGACAAAAUCAUCGGUGGAACUGAAGUUGUCCCCAAUUCGUUGCCUUUCCAAGUCUCGAUACAAAGAGGAAGCGCUGGUGUUUAUACGCAAUCAUGUGGUGGAUCCAUUUUAAACGAAACCACCAUUUUAACCGCCGCUCACUGCGUCGAUGGAGCCGUGGUGAGAGCUCUUCGCAUUGUCGCUGGUGAGCACAGUUUGAGCGAAGAAAGCGGCCUCGAACAAAACAGGGACGUUCUAGUCUAUUUAAUGCAUCCUCGCUACAUUGCAUCCACAUGGGAAGAUGAUAUUGCCCUUAUUUUGUUAACCGAGCCGUUGGAUCUGAGCGUUCCGUCUGCCAAGCCGAUUAACCUACCACCUCCUACGGCUGAAUAUGAUCCUCCCGCUGGAACCAUUUUCACCGUCUCAGGAUGGGGAACUACCAGAUACGGAGCUCUUUUCGUCUCCGACGUUCUUCUGAGUGUUGACGUCCCUGUUGUUGCUGACGUCGAUUGUGAUGCUUAUUACGGAGGUACACCUGCGGAGCCCCAAGUUUAUCCUUCCAUGCUUUGCGCUGGAAAUACAACUAAUGGUGGCAUGGAUGCAUGUCAAGGUGAUUCCGGAGGCCCACUCUUUACCGGAACUGGCGAAACAGCCGCCCAGCACGGCAUUGUCUCGUGGGGACGUAGUUGCGCUGAACCCCAAUGGCCAGGUGUUUACACCCAGGUGUCAUACUUCAUCGAAUGGAUCGCACUCGUCAUGCAAUAAUUUGUUGCAAUUCGUGUUACCUUUUCUCUGUUGCGUACCUAAACUUGUAUUGGUGUUACAUAAUCACGUUAUAAUUCCAUGUGGGUGGCAAUAGAAGCAUA